AUGUCCAUUUCCAACAUCAAAGUCUUCAUGCCUUCUGUGUUGACGCUAAUAGGGAUCCCAGGCCUAGAGGCUGUGCAGUACUGGAUUGGGAUUCCGUUCUAUGCCAUAUAUCUCAUUGCUAUGGUUGGCAAUACCUUGCUUCUGAUCAUCAUCAAAUCAGAGCGCAGCCUGCAUGAGCCCAUGUACCUUUUCCUAAGCAUGCUGGGAGCCACAGAUAUUGUACUCGGCACAAGCAUUGUGCCCAAGAUGCUUGGGAUAUUCUGGUUUCAUGUGCCAGAGAUUUAUUUUGAUUCCUGCUUGCUUCAAAUGGGAAUCAUCCAAACAUUUAAGUGCAUAGAGUCAGGCAUCCUGUUGGCCAUGGCCCUGGACCGUUAUGUGACCAUCUGUUAUCAACUGAGACAUGCUGCCAUCUUCACCCACCGACUAGUCAUCCAAAUUGGGACCGUGGUCACACUCAGGGCUGCCAUUCUUGUAGCCCCAUCUUUAGUACUGAUAAAGUUCCGGUUUCACUUUUACCAUACAACCAUCAUUUCCCACUCCUACUGUGAGCAUAUGGCCAUUGUGAAACUGGCUGCAGAAAAUGUACAAGUCAACAAAAUCUAUGGCUUGUUUGUGGCAUUCACUGUCGCAGGGUUCGACCUCAUAUUCGUCUCUUUGUCCUACAUACACAUAUUUAUUACCAUUUUUCGUUUGCCCCAGAAGGAGGCCCGGUUGAAAGCAUUCAAUACGUGCAUCGCUCACAUCUGUGUCUUCCUUCAGUUCUACCUCCUUGCCUUCUUCUCCUUCUUCACACAUAGGUUUGGUGCUUAUGUUCCCCCUUAUAUCCAUAUCCUGUUUUCUAGUCUCUACUUGCUGGUCCCCCCAUUUCUCAAUCCACUUGUCUACGGUGCCAAGACCAAGCAGAUCCGCAUUCAUGUGGUAAAGAUGUUGUGCUCAUAUAAUCCACUGUGA